AUGAGCCCCACAGCCGGGUUGAUAAUCGCAGAAAACAAUGAAAGUCCCGUAUCCAUUUCUGGCCGACACUGUCCGGUUGAGAAAUGGUCCGAUAUUGUCUGGCUUAAUCAUGCAGCUAUGGCCAAGUCAACCGGCAGCCCUGUGAACAAACUGAAAUACGUCGUCCGGACACACAUUGUCAAUAGUGACACAUUGAAUAUCCUGCAAGCUGUGUGCGGUGGCCCAUGUCCCUCGUGGCCCGGUACGACUUUUGACAUAUACCAGAAGAAGAAAGGUGGGGUACUGAUCAAUCAGAAUGGAUUGGCUUUGCUGGGGACACCAAAUGGUGGAGGGGCUGCUUGGCUUCUCAUAGAUCAUAAGCAGCAGUUGAGCAGGAAAACGCCAGUCUCGGUCAUAGCUUGGACGACCUCAGGAUUAGAUGCACAUGAGAAUGCGGAGCCUUGGUACCACAUGAUGUUCCAAUUCAGUACGUGAUUAUAUACAAAGCUAGUUAGACAUUUGAGCCGCACACAGAUAUAAAGAGGUGCCUGCGAGGUUGAUAAAGUGCAAUCUGAUAUUAUCUAAUGGUUGAUCAAG